AUGUCUCGAGACCCAAAUCGUCCAAACGUCGUGUUAAUCCUAGCUGACAACCUCGGCUGGGAGCGACUGCGUUUCCACCCGGUCCGCGCUGAUGACAGGCCGGCACCCGAUCCGGACCGGCUGUCGACAAUCCGUCCCCGCGGGGUUCCCGCGGGGUUCCCGCAGGGUCUGGCUUCGUGGGAGAAGACACUGGCUGAAUGUCUCAAGGAAAACGACUAUGCGACUGCGCAUCACGGGAAAUGGCAUUUGGGAGAUGUUCCCGGACGGUGCCCUUCAGACCGAGGCUUCGACGAGUGGUUUGGGAUUCCGAGGACGACUGAUGAGACGCAGUUUACCUCUGCGAUUGGGUAUACUCCCGAGGUAGCGGAACUACCAUAUAUCAUGAAGGGAGUUGCCGGGCAGAACUCAGAAAACGUACGCGUCUAUGACUUGGAGGCCAGGAGACUCAUCGACGAGAUGCUGGUGGAGAAAUCCAAAGACUGGCUGUCCCGUCAAGUUGCGACUGAGCGGCCAUUCUUCCUCUACCACCCCCUCGUCCAUCUCCACUUCCCGACGCUGCCUCAUAAAGACGUUGCGGGUACUACCAAGCAAGGCGACGUUGCAGACUCUAUGGCUGAGAUGGACUAUCGUGUGGGCGAACUCUUGGACCACAUCGACUCCAUCGGGAUUCGAGAAAACACAGUCGUCAUCUUUGCCUCUGACAACGGCCCAGAGUUCAGAGAGCCAUACAGGGGCACGGCGGGGCCGUGGUCGGGGACGUACCACACUGCCAUGGAAGGGAGCCUGCGUGUGCCCUUCAUCAUACGGUGGCCUGGUCACGUUCCGGAGGGCGUCACGUCGAAUGAGAUAGUCCACGUAACAGACAUAUUCACAACCAUUUUGUCCAUUACCAAACCUGGCGUUCCAAAUGACCGCCCCAUCGACGGCAUCGAUCAAACGAACUUCUUCAAGAACCCGAUCAACGAAAAGUCCGAGAGGCUGGGGUUCCUAUUUUAUAUCAAAGAAGAGCUGCGAGCGAUCAAAUGGAAAGACUGGAAGUUGCACCUCGUCUGGGAACCCAAGGUCAACCAGUCGUCGGGUCGCCUCGAGUCGCCCUGCUUAUUCAAUACCAUCAGGGACCCGAAAGAGGAAUCCGAUAUUUUGUCUCUCAACACCUGGGUGUUGCAGCCGAUGACGAAGUUGAGGACCGAGUUUCAGAGGAGUCUGGCAAAUGAUCCGGCGCCGCCAGAUCCGUUGAAGGAUUUUCUUUGCUCUAAUAUAGAUGUAGAUAUUCUCUGGUAG